AUCCAAACAAUUCAGUUGAUCUUAUUAUCAGACUAAUGCCGACAAGUUAACAGGUUGAUAACAGCCCGUUUGUUGGCCUGGGAGGCGGGGGAAGUUUAUUGGAAGCUCUGCCCCUUUAACCAGCUCUCCUCCUCGUCUGUCCCACACGCGUAGUGUUGCUCUCUUCCCCAUUUCGCUGCUUUGUUUUCAUUGUCGCUCUUCCGAUCAUGGCUGCUCAUUCUACAGAAGAGCCGUUCCCCUUCCACGGCCUGCUCCCCAAGAAAGAAACCGGCGCCGCCUCUUACCUCAGCCGGUUCCCCGAGUAUGACGGCCGGGGGGUGCUCAUCGCCAUCCUCGACACCGGCGUGGAUCCCGGGGCCCCCGGCAUGCAGGUCACAACUGAGGGGAAGCCAAAGAUUGUCGACAUCAUUGAUACAACAGGCAGCGGUGAUGUGAACAUGACCACAGUGGUGGAGCCUAAAGACGGGACAAUCACCGGGCUCUCUGGUAGAACGCUGAAGAUCCCUCCUGCUUGGGUCAAUCCAUCAGGGAAGUAUCGCAUUGGAGUUAAAAAUGGCUACGAGUUCUUCCCCAAGGCUCUGAAAGAGAGAGUACAGAAAGAGCGAAAGGAGAAGAUGUGGGACCCGCCACACAGAGCAGCGCUCGCUGAGGUUUGUCGCAAGACGGAAGAGUUUGACCUCGCCCAUCCAAAUCCCUCACAGAUUGAGAAGCUGCAGAAAGAAGAGUUGCAGUGUCAGUCAGAGCUCCUAGCAUCUCUAGAAAAGAAGUACAGUGAUCCUGGACCUGUAUAUGACUGUGUGCUUUGGCAUGAUGGCGUCACAUGGAAGGCUAUAGUUGACACUUCAGAGUGUGGAGAGCUGUCCCAGAGCACUGUGCUGAGUCCAUACAAAGAGACGCAUGAGUACGCCACGUUAGGAACUGUUGAGAUGCUUAACUACUCCGUUAAUAUUUAUGAUGAGGGCAACGCGCUCUGCAUUGUCACCAGUGGAGGGGCUCACGGGACACAUGUGGCAAGCAUUGCAGCAGGCUACUUCCCAGAGGAGCCCGAACGUAAUGGUGUCGCCCCGGGUGCACAAAUUCUGGCUCUGAAGAUCGGAGACACUCGCCUCAGCACCAUGGAAACGGGCACAGGGCUCAUCCGCGCGAUGAUUGAAGUAAUCAACUACAAGUGUGAUCUGGUGAACUAUAGUUACGGGGAGGCCACACACUGGCCCAAUUCAGGGAGGAUUUGUGAAGUGAUAACAGAAGCUGUGCAGAAGCACAAUGUGAUCUUUGUUUCAAGCGCGGGAAACAACGGCCCCUGCCUCUCUACAGUCGGCUGCCCAGGAGGAACCACCAGCAGUGUCAUAGGAGUUGGAGCAUAUGUGACUCCAGAUAUGAUGGUGGCAGAGUACUCCCUGAGGGAGAAGCUGCCUCCAAACCAGUACACCUGGUCAUCUAGGGGUCCCAGCACUGAUGGGGCCCUUGGGGUGAGCAUCAGCGCCCCUGGCGGUGCCAUUGCAUCUGUACCCAACUGGACCCUACGUGGUACCCAGCUGAUGAACGGUACAUCCAUGUCAUCCCCUAAUGCCUGCGGUGGCAUCGCGCUAGUCCUCUCAGGACUGAAGCAGAACGGGAUCCAUCCCUCAGUUCCUGCUGUGAGGAGAGCACUGGAAAACACUGCUCUGAAGGUUGAUGACAUUGAGGUGUUUGCACAGGGCCAUGGAAUAAUCCAGGUGGACAAGGCGUUAGACUACCUCACUCAGCAGGCCUCUUUACCCACAAGCCACCUAGGCUUCUCGGUAAGUGUGGGAACGCAGAGAGGCAUCUACCUCAGGGACCCAACCCAGAUUCUUGCACCCUCAGAUCAUGGAGUAGGAAUUGAACCCAUCUUCCCGGAGAGCACAGGAAACUCUGAGAGGAUCUCCUUGCAGCUCCACUUGGCACUCACGUGUGCUGCCCCGUGGGUCCAGUGCCCCUCUCACCUCGAGCUCAUGAACCAGUGUCGUCACAUCAAUGUCCGCAUCGAUCCUGUUGGACUGAGAGAGGGAGUGCACUACACAGAGGUUUGUGGGUAUGAUACAGCAGCUCCUACCUGUGGGCCACUUUUCAGAGUUCCAAUUACAGUUAUUAUCCCUGCCAAAGUGACAGAUUGCCGUAAUCAGGAGGUGUGUUUCACAGACGUCCACUUUAGACCGGGCCAGAUCAGACGCCACUUCAUCACUGUUCCUCAGGGAGCCUCCUGGGCAGAGGUCACACUGACGUCUCAUUCAGGAGACGUGUCGUCAAAGUUUGUUCUUCAUGCGGUGCACCUGGUCAAACAGAGAGCCUACAGAGCCAAUGAGUUCUACAAGUUCUCUUCCCUGUUGGAAAGAGGCUCACUAACUGAGGCUUUCCCUGUUCUGUCAGGUAAAGUGGUAGAGUUUUGCAUUGCACGUUGGUGGGCGAGCUUGGGUGAUGUCACAGUGGACUACACCAUCACCUUCCACGGACUCAACACGUCUCCGUCACCCCUGCACAUACAUGCCUCGGAGGGAGUGACGAGUUUUGAAGUGUUGUCACCUCUGCGAUAUGAGGAAGUGUCUCCGACUAUCACUCUCAAGUCAUGGGUUCAGCCUCUGAGGCCUUUAAGUUCAAAGAUAAAAGCGUUGGGAGUGAGGGAUGUUCUGCCUGAUAACAGACAACUCUACGAGAUCGUCCUCACCUACAACUUUCACCAGCCUAAGAGUGGAGAGGUUACACCCAGCUGCCCAAUGCUGUGUGAGCUGCUGUACGAAUCUGAGUUUGACAGUCAGCUCUGGAUGCUGUUUGACCAGAACAAGAGACUGCUGGGCUCAGGCGACGCCUAUCCACACCAGUAUUCUUUAAAGCUGGAAAAGGGAGACUACACUAUACGGCUGCAGGUCCGACAUGAGCAGUCCAGUGAGCUGGAGCGACUUAAGGACCUGCCGUUUGUGGUUUCGCACCGUCUCUCCACCACCCUCAGUCUGGAUGUCUAUGAGACGCAUCGUGCUGCCCUCAUGGCCAAGAAGAAGGCGAACUCUGUCACCUUGUCCCCGGGUGCCACACAACCUUUUUACGUCACAGGCCUGCCAGACGACAAGAUCCCCAAGGGGACGAGUCCAGGAUGCUAUCUUUCAGGCUCUCUCGUUGUGCCCAAGAGCGAGUACGGCAAGAAAGCUGGGCAGGCCUCAGCAAAACGACAAGGAAAGUUUAAAAAGGACGUCGUUCCAGUCAUCUACCACUUAAUUCCUGCUCCCAACAAAACAAAGAAUGGAGGGAAGGAGAAGGACAAGGAAGGAGACAAAGAGAAAGACAUGAAGGAUGAAUUUGCAGAAGCCAUGAGAGAUCUGAAGAUUCAGUGGAUGACCAAGUUAGAUUCCAGCACCAUCUACGAUGAACUGAUGGAAAACUACGCGGACUACCUGCCACUGCAUGUGCAAAGACUCCACCAGCUGGACUCGGAAAAGGAGCGUGCAAAACGGCUCAAGGAGGUGGUGUCAGCAGCAGACCAAGUCAUCUCCCGCAUCGACCAGACAGCCUUGGCUGUUUACCUCACCAUGAAGACAGACCCUCGGCCGGACGCCGCUUCUAUCAAGACUGACAUGGAGAAGCAGAAGUCGUCUCUGCUCGAUGCUCUGUGCAGAAAAGGCUGCGCUCUGGCCGACCAGCUUCUGCUGCCCCCCGCGCCACAGGAUGGCGCCGGGGCUCUCCCCACGGGACAGACGGCGGCAGAAGAGCCCCCGGAGCAGGUGGCCAGCAGUUCUGAUGACAUCCUGCAGAACGUUGCUAAAGCCCUGAUGGAUGCAUUCUGGGAGGUGCAGAAGUGGGCAGAGCUAACUGACUCCAAGGUGCUGAUGUUUUCAUAUAAACACGCUCUGGUGAACAAGAUGUACGGCCGGGCUUUAAAAUACGCCUCAAAGAUGGUGGAGGAGAAGCCCAGCAAAGAGAACAUGAAGAACUGCAUCCAGCUCAUGCGUCACCUCGGAUGGACUCACUGCGCUACUUUCAGCGAGAACUGGCUCCCUGUCAUGUACCCCGCCGACUACACGCUGUUCUAGGCACAGGCGCACACACACCUGCAUGCACGCACAAGCAGCAUGACCACCCACGGUCCAUUACACGACAACUACGACAUCCUGUCCCUCAGGGUCACAUGGUCUAUGCAUCCGAGCAUUUUCCAGGCAGCCAUUUAACUACACAAGUCUGGACAUUGCUGAGUGCCAUAAGCCUCGCUCUCAGGUGGAGGUCUCUCCACUCAAAAUAAGCCAGGUGAGGUUGGAGGCUGAGUAGAGCUCACAGCAGUUAUGAUACAUGAUGCUCAUCUCCGGUGAAUUUCCCUGAAAACUGCCUGCUCUGCUUUCACACGAGUGCUGUUAGACUUUGUACUAAAGAGCAUGCAGCUUUGUUUGGUAAUAGAAAAGUUCAGGGCUACAGUGCAUGUGUUAAAAUCAUCCCGGCGAAGGGUUUCCAAAGUACCUUUGUCAAACAGGUGAAGAGCAGCCUACAGAGGCCUGGUAAUCUCACCUUAUUUUCUCCUCCUCACCACAUUGUCAACUUCUCAAUCAAAUGGACAGUUUUGGACUUGGCACGGCUCUCUCUGGGACUUUGUACGUGGUUUUUCUUCAUGUAGUAGUGGCAAUUUGAUGUGUAAAUGGUUGAUGCAAGCAUAGAACAGCAGUGGAGAUGGAAAAGUGCUUCUGAAUAUUGUCAAAGCUCACAACAUGCUUCUGAAUGUUCAGCAAAAAUGCAAAGAUUUGUAUUAAGGAGGUAAAACAUGCACAAACACCAGUCCUUUUUAAAACAAAGAAAAAAAGCUCAUGAAUCACGUAACAGAUAAGGUUUGGUCAGGUGUUACCUUUUUAUGUUCAUGAUUCUCAGGGGUUUUUUUUUUUUUUUUGCUUUUAAAUCCAUAAAACAAAGUAUGACUUCCUAUUUUAUCAGUUUGACCAAAGAACGUUUUUCCACGUUAAUCAUCACUGGAGGUAUGAAGGCGUAAACCUCACUGGGUAGAAGGAGAAAUCGACCACACAUGAAGAUGACCCGCAGAGUGGAUUUUUUUUUUUUUUUUUUUUUUUUUUUUUUUAUUAAAUCUCCUGGGUUUUUUUUUUCCCCCCCUGAGUGGGUUUUCAGAUAGAUGUUGCAUUCAGGGGUCUGCUAUCUGCACGCUACCAAUGACAGUCACUAGAAAUAAAGGAGAGAAAAAAAGAUAAGGCCUUAACGUUCACCACAGGACUUCACCAUCCACUUCUGAUACCAGACGUCUCAUAUCCAUUGCUCUCGCUCUGUUGGUGUCAUGAAAGACUUCAGAAAUGCUUCUUAUGGUUGUGAGUGUUUCUAUUUAUAGUCAUAAAAGCUAGUAAAUGCCAAUAUUUUAACGAAUGUUACGAGAUAAAGGUGUAUGCUCUUACUAUUAUUUUAUACCUAUUCUUCCUUAAUGAUGUGGAAAGACCUGAGCUACUGUCACUAUUUUGUGGUCACAUGGAAUAAGUUACAAUCAUAAAAAUGACACUGAAUAAAAAAUAUUUGGAAGAA